AGAUUUGUGUGUUCCAUUAAUUUUGUCUGUGUGUGUAUUUAAUAAGUCGGCAACAAAGGAUGAGUCAGUAAAUAAUCCAUUCAAACCGAUAAGCGAUUAUAAUUACUCCAAUUCGAUAUAAAAACAGUAAUCUUGAACAUUCAAUAGCAGUGCUCUUAAGGAAGGAAUUAAGUUAAGACUUAUUAUUAGACAUGGGUAUCUUAUUCUAUUCAGUUACGUUAUACGUUUUGUUUGUGAGUACAAAUGAAGCGGCAAGGAUAUUGGUAGUAGUGCCAACUCCUGCCAUCAGCCAUCAGUCAGUGUUUCGACCUCUCACGCAGGAGCUAGCUAAAAGAGGACACGAUGUCACCGUCAUCACAACACAUCCCGCCUUCCCGAAAGGAAAAGCCCCUGCUAACCUCACAGAAAUAGAUGUCUAUGAUAUAAGCUACGAAAACUGGCUAAAACCCUUUCAAGAAAAACAAUCAACAGAUUUAAUUAAACAAAUGAAACUUCUACCUGAUUUAAUCCUGAAAACAAUUGAGGCGCAAUUGAAAGAUGAAAACAUAGCCAGUUUGCUACGUGAUAAAGAACGAAAAUUCGAUUUACUGAUCUUAGAAGCAUACGUUCGGAGUUUACUGGUGUAUGCACAUAUAUACAAAGUGCCUGUGAUUCAAAUGAGUACUGCUGGAGCCUUUAUUGACUCUUUAAUUCAGUUUGGACUUCCUAUGCAUCCUUUCCUUUAUCCCAUGGUCCCUAGCAUGCGAACAAACAAUCUUACUAUGUGGGAAAAAGUAAAAGAAUUAUCCAUAAUUUAUUUUAUGAACAGUUUUAUGGAAGGCAUGAUGGUCGAAGAAGAAAAGUUACUAAAAAGGGUUCUUGGCGAGAACUCUCCAUCGAUGAAGGAAUUGAGUGAUAAUGUGGACAUGCUGUUCCUGAAUGUCAAUCCGAUAUUUUACGGAAUCCGACCAGUGACGCCAAAUGUUGUGUUUGUGGGUGGGUUACAUCAAAAUCCAGAAAAGGAACUACCUGAGGAUCUAAAGUCAUAUCUGGAUUCCUCUAAAAACGGUGUGGUGUAUUUAAGUUUUGGUUCGAGCGUGGAUCCUACUCUCCUACCCGCCGAAAGAAUCCAAGUGCUAGUGAAAGCCACCUCUAAGUUACCUUACGAUGUAUUAUGGAAGUGGAACGGAGACGAGCUGCCUGGACGUACUGAGAACAUCAGAAUCUCAAAGUGGUUGCCGCAGUCAGAUUUACUGAGACAUCCCAAAAUCAAGUUAUUCAUAACACAAGGAGGCUUACAAUCAACAGAUGAAGCGAUUACAGCUGGCGUUCCGAUGAUUGGCGUCCCAUUGCUGGGUGACCAAUGGUUCAAUGUUGAAAGAUAUGAAUAUUUAAAAAUAGGAGUUCGAUUGGAUUUGGAUAUUAUUACGGAAGAGAAUUUUAUAGCAACCGUACACAAAGUUAUUGGAGAUGAUAGCUAUAAAAAGAACAUCAUAAAACUGCGUGGCCUGUUGCGUGACGAGGUGCAGACGUCGCUGGAGCGCGCCGUGUGGUGGACAGAGUACGUGCUGCGGCACGGCGGCGCGAAGCACCUGCGCUCGCCCGCCGCCAACAUCUCGUGGUGGGAGUACCUGGAACUGGAACUGGUGCUCACAUUACUUGGUGUUUUAUUAGCUAUUUUAAGUGCGGUGAUUCUAAUUGUAGUAAAAUCGUACAAGUAUUUCUUUAGUCGUAAGGAAACUGCUGUUAAAAUUAAGCGAAAUUGAAAUUUUUCGUUUUUUAUUCUAGUCUUGGUUUUGUAGUAAUCAUUCGUGUUUUUUGUUAAAAUUUCAACCCUCUCAUUAUAGUAUUGUUUUAAGAAUAAUUUUAUCAUAACAUGCAAACUGAAACAGGAGUGACCACGCAAUUUAAACUGAAGACCACGACUACAGAGUCGCGGGCUACAGCUAGCGAUUUAUAAAAUCUCCCAAAACAGGCGUUAAAUAGGCGAAAAUAAUGUAUAAACUGCUCUUUGCAGCAUAACUUACGAGUACUCGGGCAAAGCCAUAAACAUAAUCUUUCAUAGUCAUAAAAAUUAUAAAAAACUGAUUAGAUGUCAAUAAAAUAUAACAUAUACAUACAUUUAUAUACAUAGUACUAUUGCUAGCCUUCUAAUAAAACUGUAAGGUCUUCUUCAGUCUUAUCGGCCAUAAUACGCCAUAACAUACUAUGUAGUAAUUCCAAUUAAUAUGGUCGAGUAAAAACAAAAGAAACACCCAAAUGCCACAAUAAUAACAAUCUUAUAAUAAUGAAAAUUUAUUUACAUCACCAUGUGUAGAAAGGUAAGUGCCACAAUUUUUCGGAAAAUCUAAGGAACUGGUCCACAUAACAUGUAACAUGUAUACAAUAGCCUAAUUAUUUUACACACACAUUUGCAAUAGUCUAGCAUCUACUUUGGAUUUUUUCAGUUUGGUUCUCCCAUAGAGCGGAGGCGAAUGAUCCCUAGUAGAUGCUCCAUCACAUUAUAGAUUAAAGUUCUCAAGAAGGCCUCUGCACGUUGGACCUAUAUCCCCGUACACGCCUUUAAAAGGAUCGUUAACCCGUGAAUGAAAAAAGAUACAAUCUUAUAAAGUUUAAAUACUUUUUUGCAUCGGAAAUUGAUUUGUUUUAUUCACUGGUCUUACAAACAAAUCGUGGUAGACGGCAUAGAUUUCUGGCAGUUCCGUCGUCGGACCAUUGCAUUGCACAGCCAAACUCCCCCCUACUAAGAUCGCUAAGGGAUCUCAAUGCUCUCCUGGACUCAUAUCCUGAUUUUGAUAUAUUUGUGAAUGUAUGCAAGUUGUAACUGUUGACAUGUUUAAAUUUUUGUGAAAAGAAUAAAACUGUUUUAAAAUAAUA